AUGGCUUCAACUGCAUUUGCAGGCUCAUGGAGCUCCCUGCCCACCUCUUUGACCCCUUGGAUAUUCGAUGUAAUCCAGGCCAUGGGACACACCCAAAUGACGCCUGUUCAAGCUUCCACAAUACCUCUAUUCAUGAAGAAUAAGGAUGUCGUUGUCGAAGCCGUCACUGGCUCAGGAAAGACUCUUGCCUUUGUAAUACCCAUUCUCGAGCGUCUCCUUCGACGAGAACGGCGGCUACGCCAGAAUGAGAUCGGUGCCCUCGUUAUAAGUCCCACUAGAGAGCUUGCGACGCAGAUACAUUCUAUAUUCACCACCUUCCUCUCAGCACAAUCAUUGGAAGGGACACAGCAAGGGUUCCCUUUGCCGCUUUUGCUGAUAUCUUCGACAGAGUCAUCACCUGCACAAGAUGUUCAGCGUUUCCUAGAAUGUGGAUCAGACAUAGUCAUUGGGACUCCUGGACGGAUAGAAGAGUUUCUGCUAGGUAAAGGGAAGUCGCAUGUCAGUGCGAAGGAGCUGGAAGUAUUGGUUCUGGAUGAGGCUGACCGACUCUUGGACCUUGGCUUCCAAACUACUAUUACCAAGAUACUCACUCAUCUCCCCAAACAACGUCGAACAGGCCUGUUCAGCGCGACUAUGACUGAUGCCGAUGCGAUGUCAGAGCUGGUGAGAGUAGGACUGCGAAAUCCUGCACGUCUGGUCGUCAAAAUACAGUCAAAGAAAGGGCAGACGGUCAUAGAAGAACGGCGGACACCAGCAAAACUCUCUAACCUUUACUUGACGUGUCGCGCGUCGGAAAAAGUUUUACAGCUAACGCGUAUCAUACGACAUGAGUGUGAAUCAUCACAGUUCAUCGUAUACUUUGCCACUGGCGCAUGUGUCGACUACUUCUACCACGUACUGCCUUCUCUGCUCCCCUCGCAAUAUACUCUCCAUUCACUACAUGGUCAUCUCACUCCCGUUGCUCGUACGCGAACGCUCGCCGCGUUCUCUUCUUCCAUCUCUACACCGGCAUCACCUUCUAUCCUACUUGCAACAGAUGUUGCUGCCAGGGGGCUUGACCUUCCACACGUUGAUAUAGUAAUUCAAUUUGAUCCUCCGACGGAUACAAAGGCAUUCUCUCACCGAUGCGGAAGGACGGCCAGGGCAGGUCGAAGUGGAACAGCCUGGGUUAUCUUAGUCGGGAAGGAGGUAGGAUACGUAGAUCUCAUGGCUAUCCGGAAAAUUCCUUUGAAGCAGCAUGGCUUUCUCCUAGCCAAUGGGGAACAGAGCGAUGAAAACGAAGAGACCCGUCCUGAAGAUCCUGGAGUUGGCGAAUUCCUGAAAAAAAUCUGGACUAAGGUUACUGCGGAUCGCGCGCUAAAUGAUCAGGCCAUGAAAGCAUUUGUAUCUUUCGUGCGCGCUUACUCUAAGCAUGAAGCGUCGUACAUCUUUCGCAUAAAGGACUUUGACCUCAUUGGUGCAGCCAAGAGCUACGGUCUGCUUCGCUUACCUAGAAUGCCAGAGCUCAAGAAUGCAGAUCGGGAAAGAUGGCGGGAUGCUGAUGUUGAUUGGGAUACGUAUGCCUAUCUCGACGCUGCACAGGAAGCCAAGCGACUGUCCGAAGCGGCAAAGCCCAAGGCAUCCGAGGAAGAGCACAAGAAGAAAAAAGAACUAAACGAGCAGAAGAGAAAAGCCAAGGCCGCAUGGAGCAACAAAGCUGUAAAGCAGGAAGAGAAGGAGCGGAGGAGAGAAAAGAGGAUGAAGAAGAAAGAGUGGGAGAAAGCCCAGCAGAACGAUAGAAAGCGGCAGCGUCAAAUAGAGGACGAGAAGGAGGAUGGUGAGGAUUGGGCUGAACUCGUUAAGGAGGAGAGGAUGGCCAAAAAGGUUAAACGUGGGGAUAUUACACAGAAAGAUUUCGACGUGGAAUUCGGAGAUCACACGUAA